GUGUGCAUAUGCACAUGUGCUAUGUACAUGCGCAGUUCUCGUCUUCCACCAUAUGGAUCUAGGGGAUCAGGAGUCUUUACCCCUGAGCCAUCUCACUAGUUAAAACCCAGAGCACUAAAAACUCAAAACCUGUGUUUUCACAUUUUAAGAACAUAGUGAUGCAUUCAUAUUUCACAAUGGUUUUUUUUUUUGUGUUUUUUUUGAGAAAUCAAACUGUCACAUGGUAGAUUGUGGAAGGGGUUAUCUAAUCCUGUUUUGAUAGGAUCAAAUAGUAGAGAGUCAAAGCUGUAUUGCUGCGUGAGGUAAUCUGGAGGGUGAAUAUUGAAGGCCUUGCAGGGUUUAGCCUCGAAGCUGAGAAGGGCUGUGUGUGUGUGUGUGUGUGUGUGUGUGUGUGUGUGUGUGUGUUUGUGUGUGUGAAGUGGGGUGUGCUUGAGAGCUGCAGUGUGAUGUGGCAAGCAUUGCUGGCCUUGCUGAGGAGCACGAAGAAUGGUCAGGAGUUGUUCAGAAGUGUUGGUAUCUUAAUCCUGUUGGCAGUAGGAACUUAGAUUGCCUUGCUGGGGUCUGCAGGGUUGCUAUGAGUGAUCAAAGGAAGGGCUUAACUUAGAUCCUGAUUUUUGUUUUUUUCAAUUCCAAAAAGAUCAAGGAAAACAGAAAAGUGUAGAGAUCUGCAACCUGGCCCUGGCUUCACCACUCCCGAAAAGCUGCACAGGACCUCCAUUCACCUCUUGAUGAUUGUGGAUUCUGCUGUGGAAUCAGAAGCCACGUCUGUUGUGAUCCGAAAACUCCAGGAAUAGCGGCAGAGAUGGAUGAACAGGCUCUUUUAGGGUUAAAUCCAAAUGCGGAUUCAGACUUUAGACAAAGGGCCCUGGCUUAUUUUGAGCAAUUAAAGAUUUCCCCAGAUGCCUGGCAGGUGUGUGCAGAGGCUCUAGCACAGAAGACAUACAGUGAUGAUCACAUAAAGUUCUUCUGCUUCCAAGUGUUAGAGCAUCAAGUUAAAUACAAGUACUCAGAACUAAGCACUGCUCAGCAGCAGCUCAUCAGGGAGACACUGCUCUCAUGGCUUCAGGCUCAGAUGCUGAACCCCCAGCCAGAGAAGACCUUCAUACGAAACAAAGCGGCCCAAGUGUUCGCCUUGCUUUUUGUUACGGAGUAUCUCACUAAGUGGCCCAAGUUUUUUUUUGACAUUCUCUCAGUUGUGGACCUAAACCCGAGGGGCGUGGAUCUGUACCUGCGAAUCCUCAUGGCCAUCGAUUCAGAGCUGGUGGAUCGGGACGUGGUUCACACAUCAGAGGAGGCUCGCAGGAACACCCUGAUAAAAGACACCAUGCGGGAGCAGUGCAUUCCAAAUCUGGUAGAAUCAUGGUACCAGAUUUUACACAACUACCAGUAUACGAAUUCAGAAGUGCUGUGCCAGUGCCUUGAAGUAGUUGGGGCCUAUGUCUCCUGGAUAGACUUGUCCCUUAUAGCCAAUGAUAGGUUUAUAAAUAUGCUGCUAGGUCAUAUGUCAGUAGAGGUUCUACGGGAAGAAGCAUGUGACUGUUUGUUCGAAAUUGUAAAUAAAGGGAUGGACCCUGUGGAUAAGAUGAAACUCGUAGAAUCCCUGUGUCAAGUAUUACAGACUGCUGGGUUUUUCAGCAUUGACCAGGAAGAAGAUUUGGACUUCGUGGCCAGAUUUUCUAAGCUGGUAAAUGGAAUGGGACAGUCGUUAAUAGUUAGCUGGACUAAAUUAAUUAAGAAUGGGGCUGUCAAGAAUGCGCAGGAGGCACUGGAAGCUAUUGAGACAAAAGUGCCACUUAUGUUACAGCUGCUAGUUCACGAGGAUGAUGACAUUUCCUCCAACAUCAUUGGGUUUUGUUACGAUUAUCUCCAUAUCCUGAAACAGCUUCCAGUGCUCUCGGAUCAGCAAAAAGCUAAUGUAGAGGCAAUCAUGUUGGCCGUUAUGAAAAAAUUGACUUAUGAUGAAGAAUAUAACUUUGAAAAUGAGGGUGAAGAUGAAGCCAUGUUUGUGGAAUACAGAAAACAGCUGAAGUUACUGUUGGACAGACUUGCUCAGGUGUCCCCAGAGCUCGUGCUGGCUUCCGUUCGCAGGGUCUUCAGUGCCACGCUGCAGAACUGGCAGACCACGCGCUUCAUGGAGGUUGAAGUAGCCGUGCGGUUGCUGUACAUGCUGGCGGAAGCUCUCCCGGUGUCCCACGGCGCUCACUUCUCAGGUGACGUGUCAAAAGCGAGUGCUUUGCAGGACAUGAUGCGGACGUUGGUGACAUCAGGAGUCAGUUCCUACCAGCACACAUCUGUGACCCUGGAGUUCUUUGAAACUGUUGUUCGCUAUGAGAAGUUUUUCACAGUUGAACCUCAGCACAUUCCGUGUGUACUAAUGGCUUUCUUAGAUCACAGAGGUCUGUGGCAUUCCAGUGCUAAAGUCCGGAGCAGAACCGCCUACCUGUUUUCUAGAUUUGUCAAAUCUCUCAAUAAACAAAUGAAUCCUUACAUUGAGGAUAUUUUGAAUAGAAUACAAGACUUAUUAGCCCUUUCUCCACCGGAGAACGGUUACCAGUCCUUGCUGAGUAGCGACGAUCAGCUCUUCAUUUACGAAACAGCCGGGGCGCUGAUUGUUAACAGUGAAUAUCCCGCAGAAAAUAAGCAGGCCUUAAUGAAGGACCUCCUGACACCACUGAUGGAGAGGUUCAAGGUUCUGUUGGAAAAGCUGAUGAUGGCGCAGGAUGAAGAGAGACAAGCAUCUCUUGCAGACAGUCUCAACCACGCGGUGGGAUUCGCCAGUCGAACCAGCAAAGCCUUCAGCAACAAGCAGACUGUGAAACAGUGUGGCUGCUCCCAGGUCUACCUGGAGUGUUUACAGACCUUCCUGCCAGCCCUCAGCUGCCCCUUGCAAAAGGACGUCCUCCGAAGCGGCGUCCGGACCUUCCUUCAUCGAAUGAUCAUCUGCCUGGAGGAGGAGGUGCUCCCGUUCAUCCCCUCUGCCUCCGAGCACAUGCUCAAAGACUGUGAAGCGAAAGACCUCCAGGAGUUCAUUCCCCUGAUCAACCAGAUCACGGCCAAGUUCAAGAUACAGGUGUCCCCGUUUUUACAGCAGAUGUUCAUGCCCCUGCUUCACGCCAUCUUUGAAGUGCUGCUGCGACCAGCGGAAGACAACGACCAGUCGGCCGCGUUGGAGAAGCAGAUGCUGAGGAGGAGUUACUUCGCCUUCCUUCAGACGGUCACUGGCAGUGGGAUGAGUGAAGUGAUCGCGAAUCAAGGUGCAGAAAAUGUAGAACGGGUGCUGGUUACUGUUAUCCAAGGAGCCGUUGACUACCCAGACCCGAUUGCACAGAAAACGUGUUUUAUUAUCCUCUCAAAGCUGGUGGAGCUCUGGGGAGGCAAGGAUGGACCGGUGGGCUUUGCCGACUUUGUUUAUAAGCAUAUCGUCCCGGCAUGUUUCCUGGCACCUUUGAAGCAGACCUUUGACCUGGCAGAUGCACAGACAGUAUUGGCGCUUUCUGAGUGUGCCGUGACUCUGAAAACAAUCCACCUGAAACGGGGCCCUGAGUGUGUUCAGUAUCUUCAACAAGAAUACCUGCCCUCCCUACGAGUUGCUCCAGAAACAAUUCAGGAGUUCUGUCAAGCACUUCAGCAGCCUGAUGCUAAAGUUUUUAAAAAUUACCUAAAGGUGUUCUUCCAGAGAGCAAAACCCUAAGGACUGGACCUCCCGGCCCCGUCGUGAUCAGGAACUCCAGUUCAUAAUUUAUAAAGAAGCAGUUUGUGUGUGUGUGUGUGCACACCAUCCACACUGGUCCUUUAGCAUUGUUUCCAGCAUAUUGCGGUGUAUGUGGGAUUUUCUGUAAAAUGGGUGUAAUUUUUCCCUAAAAAAGGUGUGUGACAACAAGAGAAGUUGCCUGCAUGCCGGUUUAAAUUGUUUAUGUAAAAAUGCUGUUAUAAGACAUAGAUUUAUCCUAGUUCCUUAAUUGUUUUCCUUUUAUGAAACUUUAAAGUUCUUUACAAAAUGCAGCAGUGGAAUACUGACUAACAAUCGAAUGUCAAGUUGGGAAUGUCCGGUUCUGUGUGUGCAGACACACAAGCUGUGGGGUAACAAUCAAAACGUAAUCUUUCGUAGAUAGCCUUUACAUUUCUUUAAACUAUUUCAAUGCCAAUGUGUAUUCUAUAAGAGAAUGGCUUCCUAAUUAAGUCGGUUUAGAAGCAGGUGCUGGUGUCACACAUUUUUUUAUAAAAAAUAAAUUUUACAUAGUGAAAUUCACCAAGUCUUUUCCGGAAUUAUUACAAAGAGCCUCCUUGCCCCACCUUAGUCACUCUGAUGCCCACCUAACGAUCUGCAAAUGGGAGUAUGGGCUCCUUACUUCACAGACUGUGCCCCAGCGGCCACUCACAACUGCACUAGGAACCAACUCUGCCCGUCUGUAAUGGAGUUAUAAAGCCCAGUGUUUUUCUAUGACAUUAGAUGUCCUCAGAGCACAGCCCACUUGGAUUUGUUUGUUUUUUGCCUGGAGACUGGGCCUCACUGUAUAGAACAGCUGCCUCCCCGCUGCUGGGGUUAAGCCGAGAAGCACCAAGUCUGACCACCCGUGUGUUGAUGAGUUGCAGUCAAUUACUACGUGUGCUACUUCGUGCGACAGGAGAGAGCCAGAAGAGCAGCCUCGGGAAAGACAGACGAAGUCCAGCAACCCAGCUGUAGGUGCUUACACUGAAAUCUGAGUCUGUAUUGUAAACGCCCAGCAACGGCCGGCUUCUGUCCCAAGCACUGUGUAAGCAGAGGACCAGAAAGGGAGAGGAUCAGAAGUUCCAGGUCAUCCUCAGCCACAUAGUCUAAGGUCAGCCUGCACCACACGAGAGUCUGUAAAAGCCUGACGUCUGCCGCAGAGUGGAUAUUACUUCGUGGUCGAGUGCUUGUUUGAGAACCCAAGUUCCAUCCCUAGCACCACAGGACAGGGAGGGGACACAAGAUUUCAGGAGAGAUUUGUCUUCUUUGGCUGUGUGUUGUCCAGGGAUAUACAUUUCCUAAAAUCUUUUUUUGUUUGUUUUUUUCGUUUUUUUCGAGACAGGGUUUCUCUGUGUAGCCCUGGCUGU